UGGCAGGUGGUUGAAGUGUUUGAGGUUAUCUUCGGAUUUGCAAGAUGUACGUUACCGGAGUGAUUCUUUCGUUCAUAUGUGUAAUUACCACGGUAAAUGCCCACCAGAAUGGUCGAACACUGGUCCUACUCGACAAUUUAGUAAUUAAAGAAACCCACUCAAUAUUUUUCAAAUGGAUGCAAGACGGUGGAUUUGACUUAACUUUCAAACUGGCUGAUAGUGCUAAUCUCCUCCUUUCCAAGUAUGGUGAAUAUCUAUACGAUCACUUAAUCAUAUUUGCUCCAAUGGUGGAAGAAUUUGGUGGAACGCUCAAUGUAGAAUCCAUAACCGAUUUCAUUGAUGGAGGCGGGAACGUGUUAAUAGCUGGGUCAUCUCAAUCUGGAGAUGUUCUUCGGGAAUUAGCCUCAGAAUGUGGUUUUGAAGUUGACCAGGAAGGUGCUUCAAUAAUUGAUCAUAUGAAUUAUGAUGUUUCUGAUAAUGGUCAGCAUACAAAAAUUAUAGCAGACCCACUGAAUUUAAUUAAUGCUUCUGUGAUUGUUGGUACCAAAGAUGUAUCACCACUGCUUUAUGAGGGAACAGGUUUGAUAGCUGAUGUUGAUAAUCCAUUGGCAUUGCGACUUCUCACAGCUUCUAGUUCAGCUUAUUCUUAUAAUCCAAGCCAUCUUAUUAAGGAGUAUCCUCAUGCCAUUGGCAAGAACACGCUUUUAAUUGCAGCGUUACAAGCCAGAAAUAAUGCCAGAGUAUUGUUCUCCGGGUCUCUCUUUUUCUUUAGUGAUGAAGCUUUCACAAGUCCUGUGCAGAAAGCCCAAGGUGAUAAAAAAUACAGCAAGUCUGGAAAUAAAGAGGUUGCUAAAGCUUUAUCUCAGUGGGUCUUCAAGGAGAGUGGAGUGAUUCGUGUAUCAUCUGUAAACCAUCAUCGAAUUGGGGAAACUCGUCCACCUCCUGCCUACACAAUUAUGGAUGAUGUUGUGUAUUCAAUAGAUGUUGAGAUGCUGUCUAAUGAUAGUUGGGUACCAUACGAAGCUGACGAUCUUCAACUUGAAUUUGUUAGGAUUGAUCCUUUUGUGCGUACUACUAUGAAAAGACUCAAUGGUGGUCGUUAUGAGGCUAGAUUCAAGAUUCCUGAUGUAUAUGGCGUGUAUCAGUUUAAGGUUGAUUAUACUCGUGUUGGUUGGACUCAUUUAUACAGUACAACCCAGGUUUCAGUGAGACCUUUACAACAUACGCAAUACGAACGUUUUAUCCCUAGUGCUUUUCCAUACUAUGUUAGUGCCUUUUCAAUGAUGGGUGGUGUAUUUUUAUUUUCUUUAGUUUUUCUACAUUACAAGGAAGAUGGAAAAUCAAAGUCUGAUUAAGUUGUAUUUUUUAAUGAAAUGUACCAUAUGAUCAGGCGGGACAUAAUUCAUCCUGACAGUUGUCGCUCAUUUUUAAUAAUUUUAUUCACAUUAUUUCUGUGAAUGGCAAAUAUAUUAUUUGUAAAUAUA